AUGGAACCUGAUGGAACUAGUCCUGAUGCGGCAGUCGGGAGCCUAGUCAUCCGCAAUCCCCUCUUUGUCAUCUCUUUCCUGGCCGACUUCGUUCCCUUUGUGCUGCUCAAUCUCAAGGAACUUUCACCAGUCACUGUUCUCAUCUCACUUUUCAUCCUCAUCCUUCCCUCUUUCCCACUCCUACCCCCCCCGCUUCGUCAGCAUCUCUCAUCUGAGACGACGCGACACGACAAUCUCUCUCACCCCUCAGCCUCAUUCACCAUCGCCACCAUGUCUCACGAAGAAGAUCUCAUCGACUACUCCGACGAGGAGUUGGGUACCACCGCGGCCCCCGCGACUACUGCUGCUCCCGCCGCUGCCAACGGUGACGCGGAGAAGAAGGGCGACCUGACCGUCUCCGGUGGCCGCCCCGACAAGAAGGGCAGCUAUGUCGGCAUUCACUCCACCGGUUUCCGCGACUUCCUGCUGAAGAACGAACUCUUGCGCGCCAUCACUGACUGCGGCUUCGAACAUCCAUCGGAGGUCCAGCAGCACUGCAUCCCGACUGCAGUCCUCAACGUCGAUGUUCUUUGCCAGGCCAAGUCCGGUCUCGGAAAGACUGCGGUCUUCGUCCUGACCACCCUCCACCAGCUGGAGCCCGUCCCGGGCGAGUGCUCCAUCCUUGUGAUGUGCCACACUCGUGAGCUGGCCUACCAGAUCAAGAACGAGUAUGCUCGCUUCUCCAAGUACCUCCCCGAUGUCAAGACUGCCGUGUUCUACGGUGGAACUCCCAUCGCCAAGGAUAUCGAGGUCCUUUCCAACAAGGAGACUUACCCCAACAUCGUGGUUGCCACCCCCGGUCGUCUGAACGCUUUGGUCCGCGACAAGAAGCUGUCUCUGCGCAACAUCAAGUCUUUCGUGCUUGAUGAGUGUGACAAGAUGCUCGACCAGAUUGACAUGCGCCGUGACGUCCAGGAGAUCUUCCGUGCCACCCCUGCCGACAAGCAGGUCAUGAUGUUCAGCGCCACCCUUUCUCAGGAGAUCCGUCCCAUCUGCAAGAAGUUCAUGCGUAACCCUCUCGAGGUCUACGUCGACGACGACACCAAGCUCACCCUGCACGGUCUCCAGCAGUACUACAUCAAGCUCAGCGAGAACGAGAAGAACCGGAAGCUUAACGAGCUCCUGGAUAACCUGGAGUUCAACCAGGUCAUCAUCUUCGUCAAGAGCACCCUGCGUGCUAACGAGCUGGACAAGCUGCUGCGCGAGUGCAACUUCCCCAGUAUCGCUGUCCACUCUGGUGUCAGCCAGGAGGAGCGUAUCAAGCGCUACAAGGAAUUCAAGGAAUUCAACAAGCGUAUCUGUGUUGCCACUGACGUCUUCGGUCGUGGUAUCGAUAUCGAGCGUAUCAACCUGGCUAUCAACUACGAUCUGCCCGCCGACGCCGACUCCUACCUCCACCGUGUCGGUCGUGCCGGUCGUUUCGGAACCAAGGGUCUCUCCAUCUCCUUCGUCAGCAACGAGGAUGAUGAGAAGGUUCUCAAGGAGAUUGAGAAGCGCUUCGAGGUUGCUCUUCCAGAGUAUCCCGAGGGUGGUGUCGACUCCUCCACCUACAUGGCUUAA